UGCAGACGGAAGUGCGCACCUCCGAGCACGGAGUGUAAAUAGAGGUAAAUGUUUGCCGAGUGCAGCUAGCAGUCGAUAUGUCCACUGGAGUUGGGAAACAUAAGAUGCUGGCCCUUGGGCCGACAGAGCCGUGGUCCAUCCGGGAGAAGCUGUGCCUGGCAUCCUCAGUGAUGAGGAGUGGAGAUCAGAACUGGGUGUCCGUGAGCAGAGCCAUCAAACCUUUCUCCGAGCCAGGCCGCCCUCCAGACUGGUUUUCUCAAAAGCACUGUGCUUCGCAGUAUUCAGAGCUGCUGGAGACCACAGAGGCCCCGAAGCGGAAGCGUGGUGAAAAGGGAGAAGUGGUGGAGACCAUCGAGGACGUGAUCGUGCGAAGGCUGACGGCUGAGAGGAUAGACGAGCUCAAAAGACUCCUCAAAGACACCCAGGAGAAAUACAGGAAGCUGAAGAAGGAGGUGGAUUUGAUUCAGGCAGGACACAUGGACUCCAAACUGGAGGACCUGUGGGGAGAGAUUGAACAAAAAAAGAAGCAGGAGGAGGAGGAGGCCGAGCAGAAGAGGAGAGCUACAGAGUCGGCUUAUCAGGCACGACAAGCCGCUAAAAACACAAAGAGGCACCCGAGCAUCACUGUCCGCUCUCCACUGGGGGCCGGUUCACCCAGCAUGGACCUCCCACAACCUGACACCCCUCAGCCGAUGAUAGACGAGUCAUGUCCCAGUCCUAUGGCACAGGGGGUUCCGGUGUUCAUGCCGGUGUCUGAGUCCACUGGCCCAGUGCAUAAAGAGGGAAGUCUGGGCGCUCUGAUAGACGAAUCCCCACAGAAGAAGCUCCCGAAUCAAAAGGCCACGCCCCCACCUUCUCCUUUGUUGUCUGAGCUACUGAAGAAAGGUAGCCUCCUAUCAGCCAGCCCCAGACUGGUGGUGGAGGGUGAGAUGGCUGCAGCUCUCAGUAACGGUGCUCAUGGUGUGGACAUUCAUGUCCCCGCAGCUGUUCAUUCCACCAGCCAUGACGCCUCGACAGAUGCACCAACAUUAUCACGUUUGUUGGAAGGCGCUCCCCCAGUCCAGAUGCCAGCCAGCGCUGAGCCCUCUAACCCCCCCGCUGUAGCUCCUCCUGCUUCCGGACACCACUUUAUAUCCAGCACAGGAGCUGCGGUAGCAGAAUGUUCUGGUCCAGAGUCGGUGCUGGCGGUACAGUCUGGGUCAGAGCAGACGGAGGGGAGAGAGGGAGAGCUGGUGGAGGACCUGGUGGCUGUGUCUUACAUGGAGGAUGAGUUGGACCUGGAGACAGUGGGGGAUAUUAUAGCCAUUAUUGAAGAAAAGGUGGAUGACUCAGUGGAGGUGUUGGACGCGGCAGCAGUGGAGGCUGCUCUUUCUCUGUGCGAGGAGGCGGUGGCCGGGGGCCACUCUCUCUCAGACCCCUGGGAAUCCCAGCCCUUUAAACCACCCGAGCCAGAGUCCAGAGUUUUCACCGGUCCCCAGCUUAGCUCUCCCGCGCCCUCGCCCGUGCCCACUGCUAUCGUGGUGGAAUCUGUGAUGGUGGAAGAGGUAGGACCGACCGGAGCGUCUGAGACGCCCACGGAAGUGUCCGAUUCUGCACCUCCGCCAGUUCCAGGAAAUGUGAAAAGCGAGCCCGAGAUGGCAGGCGACGAAGAGAGGGACAGGGAGGAGGACGGACCAAGGGAGGAGGAAGAGGAACAGACGGAGAACCGAACACCAAGUCCGUCGGUGAAGUGCGAGAGCGAGGAGUGGACGCAGCCGGAAGCCGAGACACCCUGCCUUGACUCGGAGGACAGCUCUGCCUCUGGGAGAGACCCGAAGGAGGUGAAGGAUGAAGACGGAGGGAGUGAGGUGGAUGCAGAUGAAGGGAUGGAGAUGAAAGAAUGCGGAGAGGGGCCAUAUCUUUCGGAGGUGGACCCGCCAGCCAGCGAGAGCGAGGACGGGUACGGCACUAACUCCCAGCGCUACACGACUGCAGACUCCACCGCCAGCAGCCCCGCCUCAUCCCAGUUUUCGAUGUGUAGCGAGGAUCAGGAGGCUUUGCAGGCCCAAAAAAUCUGGAAGAAGGCCAUCAUGUUAGUGUGGCGUGCAGCAGCCAAUCACAGGUACGCGAGUGUGUUUCUGCAACCUGUAUCCGAUGACAUUGCUCCUGGCUACCACAGCAUCGUACACAGGCCCAUGGACCUGUCUGCGAUCAAGAAGAACAUCGAGACUGGGCAGAUCCGCACAACAGCCGAGUUCCAGCGAGACAUCAUGCUCAUGUUUCAGAAUGCAGUCAUGUACAACAGCUCGGACCACGACGUCUACCACAUGGCCCUGGAGAUGCAGCGUGAUGUCCUGGAGCAGAUCCAGCAGUUCCUGGCCACUCAGCUCAUUAUGCAGACGUCUGAAUCGGGCAUCAGCGCCAAGAGCCUGCGUGGGCGAGAGGCCAACCGUAAACAAGACCCUAACGACAAGAGCCUGAGUCCGGCACACAAAGAUGCACAUUUAGAGCCAGAACCAGCUGCCAUGCCCAGAAGGAAAAGGAACAACUCCAAACAAGAUACUAACAAACAGAAUAAACUACAGACUACUUGGAGAAGCACAGAAAUGCCAACCCAGUCUCACAGAAAACUUCUUUGCAGCACCUUCUAUAUGAAUAUCAAAGAUCUGUCACAAGCAAACUAGGAUGGAGGCACCAGGGGGCGCCGCAGUGCUAUAGAGGCUGAUAUGAAGAUGAAGAAAUGACGAGAGUCCACAAGGCCUUACAGACUGAUCUCUCUCCCAGAAUGAACCUGGAACUAUUACAGAACAAAGUGUGUGUGUGUGUGUGUGUGUAAUUGAUCUCGGUAAUCUAUCCUACCUUCACACUAGCAAACAACAAAUCUCUUGCAUAUGUAUAUUUUGUCUAUUGUGAAAAGCAGUAAUAGCUAUAAAUAUCUUCUAAAGCUUUGUCGUUCAAAAACAACUGAAAUAUUUCAGUAAUUAGUGUGCAGUUUGGUUUAAUUGUAUGUUACAUGCUCUGCUUUGUACUAGUCGGUAGAUUAGCAAAGCAAGAUAAGUAGUGUACUAGCAACCAGAGGCAUCAACUGUCUCUGCUCUAUCCUUGCAAGCUUUAUUUUUCCUCGUAAUGCCUCUGUAGACAUGUAACAGCAGGGCGCAGAUGACGGGAUGAGAUGAAACCAUGCUUGGGUUUUCUUACAUUUUUUGCGCAUCAGAUUUGGAGACUAAAGUUGAGCGAGGAACUGAAGAAACAUCAGACCACACGCGCUGUAGGAUUGGUCGCUUUACAACUUCAUAUGUUUAAAAAAAUAAAUAAUCUCAUUUAGACGUUAUUGAAAUUGCGGCUCCGCGUGACGCAGACACAUAUGUAGAAAAAUCUCUUGCUAGUGUGAAUGUACAGUAUGGUACGGCUUUGUUUUUGGGCUGUUUACAGUCUUGACCGUCUAUCUUCAUUCACCGAGCUGGGUGUGAACGUUCCUCAACGUGUAUUAGUUCUUCGGACUCUACAGCUGCAUGCGUCUUGAACACGGUGUCAGAUUCAGUAUAAGAAACGUUUAUGUGUUGGAGAAGCUUCAUCGUCUUGGUUCAUGAUCAAAGGUGUUUUGAGUAGCUGGAUAAAUAGGGAUGUGUGUGAUUAGUCAUGCUGUCAGCAGUAUCGUCUUUUCCAGGACACAGUGUCACUGGUCCCAUUAGAGUGAAGAGAAUGUUGUUCCUAAAGCUGAAGUCAGCAUUAUCUCUCUGCUGAAUCAGAAAACAAUACUAAACCAGUGUAGACAAAUUCACCACUAAUAAAGGAAAAGGUUUGGCGCAACAAAUUUUUUUUUAAAAUCACCCAGUUUGAUUAGUGUUUGGUGUCCAAGUUUUUGCUACGAAGUGAGUGUAGCUUUUAAUGUAGCCGUGGUCUCAAGGUGGUGGUGUGUAUGGUUUAGCACAGUGUGGCUUGCUGUAAUCUAUUAAACAUGAAAAAACUUCACCGAAUAGCUGAACACUGCCAUCUUAGACACCUGGAAUCGCUUAACAUCAUUCCAUUUCAUUUGUAAAUACGAGAUAGCAUAGCUGAUGCAAAUUUAGGUAGCAGUUAUACGCUCACCUGCCUCAUGUGUUAGAACCACUCCUGCAGUUAUCCAAUCAUCCAAUCAUGUGGCGGCAGCAGCACAACCAAUCCACUCAUGCUAAUAUAAAUCAGGAGCUUCAGUGAAAAAGAGCCAGGUGAUGUUUAUAUGGGCUUCAGCCGUCCGGUUUCGGUGUCCAUUGUAGCCUCAGGAUUCCUGUUCUUGGCUGAAAGGAGAGGAACCUGAUGUGGUCUUCUGCUGUUGUAGUCCAUCUGCCUCAAGAUCUGCUCACCAAGUUUGAGAACAGUUUAAAGAGUAGUUAUUUGAGUUACCGUAGCCUUCCUGUCAACUCAAACUAUUCUCAAUAUCAAGGCAUUUUCACCUGCAGAUCUUCUGCUCCCUGGGCUGGUUUUUUGUUUUUGCAUCGUUUUGUAUAAACUCUAGAAACUGGUUGUGUGUGGAAAGACCCCAAGAGAUCAGCAGUAUCUGAAAUACUCAAACCAGCCUGUCUGGCACCAACAACCAUACCUCAUUCCAAGGCUGUGGCCACAUUUUUUUUCUUCCUUCUGAGGUUUGAUGUGAACAUUAAGUGAAAUUCUUGAAUUCAAGAUUUGUACGCAUUGCACUGCUGCCGCACGUUUGGCUGAUUGGUUAAUUGCGUGAAUGUCCAGGUGUUUCUAAUAAUGUGAAUGUAUUUACUCCAGUGAAAAAAAAACUAAAUGUUGGAUGUCAAGCAUGUUCUUGGUUGACUGUGGUAAAAGGAAAACGUGAGUAAACUGUUUGUUUAAUCAGUUCAGUAGGUUGUAGAUAAAAUCAAUUCCUAAGACAGGUUAAAACACAGCAAAGGAAACUUUCUAUAUAUAUUUUACAAAAUGUACAUGUAAAUGAACCUUUCUACUUGUUUUAAGUUAUGAGCUAAUAAAAAUUUAGAAAUUGUA